AUGAGCGCAGCGCCUGAUCAGAACUAUACAUCCUUCCCUGCUGUAAAGACAGAGGAGCUAUUAUCUGUUCUCCAUGAGCUGGGGCUCGGUGUUACCGCUGAAGACAUUGCCAAGCCACAGGGCGCGAUGGUCCAAAAAGUGUACAUGGCCUUUCUAGAUACCUUGGCAGGCACGAUGCCUGAUACACUGGAGAAGCAGCGUGAUGAUAUAUGCCGUGAUAUGGAUCAUAAGGAUGUGUUUGAAGAUGGUGUGGCAUGGCUCCUGUUUUUCCGCGAAGUUCGUACCAUGAUGGAGGCCGCAACGGUGCACGAUUUCCAACUUCAAGAUCUGACGCGGCCUACACCGAAGCGCUUCAAGCGCCACAUGUCGGCGUUGGUCAACUUUUUCCGGUUCCGUUCGGAUCGACUGGCGGAGUUUGAUGAGUUGGUGCUGGAGACGGAAGAGAUGGAAAAUCGGCGGAUCGAGUUGGAGGAAAGCAUAGAGCGUAUGCGUCAAGAUAUUGAUGCGAUUCUCGCACAACGACAGGCUGAAGAGCCGCGUGUACAGAAGUUGCGCGAGGAAAAUUUGCAGCAUUCCGACCGGCUCUUGCAGAUGAAGAAGGAGCAGAGUCGUUUGUUGGAGGACGUGGAUACCCUCAAAGUAGAAAAGACUGAUGCGAUUCAAAAGCAGACGGAUCUGCAGUACCAGCUUCAGAUCGUUGCCACUGAGCUGAACAAGUUGCAGGCGCGUAUUGUUACGCGACCUGACGAUAUUCGGAGACACCUGGACGAGAUGCAGACGCAGGUUCAGGGUGAGCGGUCGACGCUCGGAGAGAACGAACGCAAGGCGCAGGCGCUGCGUUCCAAGAUGGAUGUCCUUGUACAAUUGGAUGCGGACAUGUCAGCUUGCAUUGCCUCUAUGGACCAGGUUGCUGCCGAUAUGGAACGAACAGCUCGGGAGAGUCGUGCGCUAGAGGAAGCCAAAGCAAGUGUGGCUUCGCAGUCGCAGGAGCAGAUGACGCAAACGCAUCGAAACGAACAGCUAGAUCGCCAAGUGAAGUCUGUGACAGAGCGUUUGGAGCGCGCGCGCGAAGAAUUGGAAAUGAAGCGUGGAGAACGCCAAGCCAAGCUGGAAGCGCUUACGACGCGCUUAAGCGAUGUGUCUAAAGUGCGCAAAGAACGCCAUGCCCUGGCCGAGCUCAAGAACCAAGAAGCCACGCAAAUUGAGCGACAAUUGGAAUCCCUGCUACAAGAACAUGAAGCACACUAUGCGCGUAUGCAGCUCGAGAAGGAUGCCCUAUGUCGUACGGCGGCUGCGUAUAUGGACACACUAGUUCGGUCCUUUUCGUUGCCUACAUAG